AUGGAUUCCCAGGACCAUGAAAGGCGGUCAGAGGAAAACCCAUCAGUGGAAAACUCGUCGGAGGAAAAACUUUCAGAAACCGUGAAAACCAGCAUCGAAUAUAGCGAGGAACCGGUACCGCAUCUCCAUGCGAAGACUUACCUCACCAUUUUUGCAGUUUGCCUCAUCUACUUCGCCCAAGUCAUCAAUGUUGUUGGAGCUGGUGCUCGCGCUCAAGAUAUUUCAGCUGUCCUCGGUGACUCGUUCAAGAGCGUCUGGCUGACCUCCUCUGUUGCCAUUCUGACCGCCGUUCUGAGCCCACCUGUUUCUCAGGCAGCUGACUAUUGGGGCCGUCGAUGGUUUUUGAUUGGCUUGACAACCUGUGGGGUUAUUGGGUCGAUAAUUGUUGCGCGAGCCACCUCCAUGGAUAUGGCCAUUGCUGGUGAGGUAGUAGCUGGUAUAUCCUUUGGCGCUCAACCACUUGUUCACGCCGUGGUAUCCGAGGUUCUACCCAGAAGACAUCGGGGCUUUGCUCAAGCGGCGCUUAACGUUGCUGCUUCUUUGGGGGGUAUUGUAGGACUUCUGGCGGGAGGUGCCAUGACUCGAAACGAUAACCAUGCUGGAUUCCGUAAUUAUUGGUACCUUUCGACUGCGAGCUAUGCAUUGGCGACCAUUCUUUGCGUCAUCUUCUACAACCCGCCCCCUCAAGCCUCGCAGCUGGGACUAACACAUAUGGAGAAACUUCGCAAGCUGGAUUGGAUUGGAUACUUCCUUCUGGCAUCCGGUCUAGUACUGUUCUGCAUCGGUCUCUCCUGGUCCCAAAACCCAUACGCCUGGACGGAUGCUCACAUUCUGGCUCCGUUCUUGAUCGGUGUCGCUCUCGUGUUUGGACUCGCUGUUUACGAGACGAAAUUCAAGAAGGACGGCAUGUUCCACCACGGCCUCUUCUUAAACGGCUGGAACUUCCCAAUUGCGUUAUUGUGCGUUUUCGUAGAAGGAUUGACUUUCUUCGCAGCAAACAAUUACUUUCCUUUCGAAGUCGCCGUAUUGUACGAGACAGAUCCCUUGAUUACGGGCCUUCGAUAUAGCAUCAGCUUCAUCUGCUUCUCUAUUUUCGCAGUUCUAGGCGGUGCCUUCUGCUCCAAGAUGAAAAUGGUUCGCUUCCCCACGGUCAUCGCAUUCUGUUUUAUGAUCAUAUUCUGCAUCCUCAUGGCAACAACAACGCCAGGUUCAUCAAAAGCUGUUUGGGGCUACCCGGUGUUCCUCGGCAUCGGUUUAGGAAUAUGUCUCUGUACUUUAGUUACAGUUGCUCAAUUGAGUACCCCUAAAGAGCUGAUCGCCACCACAAGCGGUCUUAUGAUCGGAGUGAGAUCUCUCGGUGGUUCAGUCGGUCUGGCAAUCUACAACGCCAUAUUUACAGCAAAGUUCACAGCGAACUUGGGUCCCAAAAUUGCAGGAGCUGUACUACCUCUCGGCCUUCCAGAAUCUUCACUUCCAGCACUCAUUGGCGAUUUGGCUGCAAACAAUCAAACAGCCAUAGCGACAGUGUCUGGAAUAACAUCUCAAAUUAUUGGUGCUGGUGUUGGGGGUCUCUUUGAUGCCUACAGCCUGGGAUUUCGAUUUGUCUGGGUCGCAGCAGGCUGCUUCAUGGCGCUGGCCACAAUUUGUGCCGUCUUCCUGGUCGACCCGGUCAAGGAAUUUAACAUGCAUAUCGAUGCACCAGCGGAGAAAGAGGAGGAUAUCUUCUCUUAG